AUGCUGCAUCACUCAGUCGCAGCAAAGCCGCUCGCUUCAGUACCUUUCGCAGGCCUCGUCGCUAGCUCCGCCCCUUAUACCGCACGCCCCGGCACCGGCAAGGCAGGUGGAAUUGGCCUAGUGGGUAGCAGCGAGAGAGCGCGCGGGACCCGGAGGGAUCUAAGCGGCGCGUUGGUCGGGUGGAGGCGGUUAGAUCGGGCCUUGAGCAGACGGUCAAUUUCCGCGUCUGGUGGGGUGGUUGUGGCCGCUACUGCAGGCGCGGCGGAUAGGGCAAGCGGCGGCGAGAUGGACUCGGCGGAGCGACCCGUGAAGAUGACUCGCGCCCUUCUUCCCAUCGCGCCCUCUCCCCCAUCGCGCCCUCUCCCCAAUUGCGCGCUCUCCCCAUUCGCGCCCUCUCCCCAAUUGCGCGCUCUCCCCAUUCGCGCCCUCCCCCAUCGCGCCCCCUCCUGUCUUCCCCCCCCGCCCUCCAGCCCGGUGGUGGAGCACGUGGCGCUGUUUAAUAUGCCGGCGGACAUGGCGGAGGAGAGCGAGGGCGACAUGCUGAGCCACCUGUACUCGCUGCAGUACCACUACCCGCACCUCCUCGCCAUCUCGCUCGGCCGCAUCCAACCCACCAAGCGCCCCGUCGGCUUCUCCCACGCGCUCUUCGCGCGCUUCCCCUCGCGCCAGGCACUGGACGGCUUCCUCGCGCUGCCCGCGCUGGCGGCCGCCAUGGAGCAGUUCGUCACGCCCUCGUGCACCGACACGCUAUCGCUGUCAUACGAGGCCCAGGUGGAGGCAGACAUAGAGAGCGUCUUCAGGCGUGGCGAUGCGUAUGAGCGGGGAGUGGAGCACGUGGUGUUGCUGCGCGCCAAGCCAGCAGCGGAGGCGGACAAGCAGAGCGCCAUGGUUGCAGCCCUGGCUGCCCUGCCCCUAGUCAUGGAACCGCACAUCCUCGUGCAGCUCACUGCUGGCGCCAACUUUGCUGUCGACACCGCCAAGGGCUUUACGCACGGACUCGUGGCGAGAUUCCCCUCAGGUUGGUGUAUGCUUAGGACAGAUGUACCUGCCUACCUUCGCUUCUCAAGCACCCCAAUCUCUGUCUCCCCUGCCACAUUGUGUGUGAUCACAGAGGAGGCACUGGAUGCUUACAACAAGCACCCCAGCCACCGGCAGGUGCUGCGACAGCAUGUGCUGCCAUUGAGUGAAUCCAUCUUGGCUGUUGACUUUCACGUGGAACCUGUAGGGAGGGAAGAGAAGGUUUAG